CUUUGACCCGUUGACUCAACUAUUUCUUGUUUAAUAAUCGUUUCAUCUCCUCAGGAGCAAGUUCCCAUGUCCUGCCUUUCACCUGCUGUUCACCCACUGCUCAUUUAAGGUACACCUGGCUCCGCCUUCCCCAGGUGUUCCCAGUUGUCACUCAGCCGAGCUUGGCCCAGGUGUUCCCAGUUGCCAAUCGGCUGAAGGAGAAGGAGGAGCGGAUCACUACUCCGGAUGUCUCUGCUGUGUCAGAGCUCUUUUGCCUUUUUGUUGUGUUUCCUGGAGGACGUGUUAGGAUUAGGUUUUCGCAGCUUUAUUUCUCCCGUUAAGUUCUGUUGGAUUUUGGGUAGCGGAGGAAGGCUCUGGAUCCACGGUCCGUGGUGUGGUUGGCCCAAGUCCCCUCCGUCUGUUUGUUUGUUUUACCUGUCCUCCAGUGGAAUGAUUAAGUAUUGUGGCAAUAAAUGUACGAUUACAGUUUAGUGCCUACGUGUUGUGUACUUUUGUUUUAUGUUGCGGACUGCCUCACGAGCCACUACUAUUGAGUAGGGAGGCGGGUCGUAACAUAUGGGGGCUCGUCCAAAGGCUGUCUCGGGCAGGUGUGGUGAGUAGUAUUACUUUGUAAAAGGCCCUUGACAGCAUUUAUUUGUUUGGUUGGCUGUAUAGCGUAGAGUUGCAGUGAUGGAUUUUGACUUGGAGGGGUUUGUUGGUGAUCCGACUCGGGGGAAGUUGGAUGCAUGUAGCAAACAGCAGCUUGGUCUGAUCGCAGGCAAAUUUGACGUGGUAGUCAAUAAGCAAAACAAGUCAUUAAGGAACAGCUGUUGGCUGCGCUUAUAGAUCAGGAGGUAUUGUCGGAGGAGGAAGUAGACGUUCCCAUAGACGACGAGACAGAGGUCUCUCAGAAAGUGAGCGACCUUCAACUUCAGCUAGAGCUGCGCAAGCUGAUGGUUAGAGAGAAGGAGAGUGAUAACAGACUGAGAGAGAAGGAGAUCGCCUGUAAUCUCGAAUUGAGGAAAUAUGAGGCGGAGUUACGUUUGAGGGAGCUGGAGCUGAUGUCUUACCAGACUCAGCAGUUGGGGUCUGCGCAACCUCAUGAUUUUGACGUAGGCAAGUAUACUCGGUUUAUCCCAGUAUUUAACGAAAAAGACGUUGAUAGCUAUUUUGUCCUGUUUGAGCAUGUAGCAACAACGUUUAAAUUGCCUUGGAACAUGUGGACCGUUAUGCUGCAGUGCGUUCUCGCGGGUAAAGCGCAGGAGGUGUAUACUGCGUUAUCUGAGGAGGUUAGCCGGGAUUAUGAACAGGUGAAAGCUGCAAUUCUGCGCGCUUAUGAGCUGGUGCUUGAGGCAUACCGUCAAAAGUUUCGUGGUUUGAAAAGACAAGAUUGUCAAGCGUAUGUGGAAUUCGCCCGUGAGAAAGAGGUUCUGUUUGAGCGAUGGUGCUCAUCGACGGGGACAAAAUCUCUAGAGGACCUAAAAACAUUAGUGCUCAUGGAAGAAUUUAAAAACUGUUUGCCUUACACAGUAGCCACAUACCUCAAUGAGCAAAAACCGGUGAAACUGUUUGAUGCUGCGGUUUUGGCUGAUGAAUAUGUGCUUACUCACAAGACUGUCUACAGUGAGAGGACUAGGGCACAGGCCGGGUUUGUGGACAAUAAUAUCAGAGAAACCCCAGUGUUCACUAAAGUGCCAUGGCAGUCCAGCAGGCCAAGAGUUGCUGAGGAAAAACCGGGAGAGGUGAAUUGGGGAUCUACGGAUAGGCCAGUGUGUCAUUACUGCAAGAAAAGAGGUCAUAUUGUUGCAAAUUGUUAUGCUUUGCGGGAUGAGGAGAAGCCUGUAAAGACGGUCGCUUUGGUGAGUACUUCAAAGCCAGGGUCUCUCAAAUCUGAACUGGAAGUUUUUGCUCCGUUUCUCAUGGAGGGAAUGGUGUCUUUACCGGGGAAGAACAACAGGGUUCCAGUGACCAUUUUGAGGGAUACAGCAGCUUCGCAAUCCUUUAUGAUAAGGGGUGUGUUGCCUCUCUCUGAGGAGUCUGCUGUGGGUUCAGGUGUUCUUGUGAGGGGGUUUGGUAUGCAGUGUGUGGGUUCGCCAUUGCAUAAUAUUCAUCUUGAGUCAGAUCUGGUCACAGGUCCGGUAACUGUCGGGGUUCGGCCAUGUCUUCCCAUUGAAGGGGUAGAUUUGGUCUUGGGGAAUGAUUUAGCUGGUGGCAGAGUGCUCGUUAAGCCGGGAGUGAAUGCGGUGGCAGUCACCCGCGACAGUUUUACGGCUACGGGAUUGGACAGACCGGUCAGGGAUCCUCCAUCAUGGCGUGAGGGUGGGAAAUCAGGUACGAUAAGCCCUGGGGCUGUUCAUAACCCUGUCGCUGCCUGUGUGGAGGCGCUGUCCAGUGCUAAAAGUGACACCCCUGUCAAUCAAUCAAUCAAUCAAUGUUUAUUUAUAUAUCACAAAUGUUACAUUUGUCUCAGUGGACUUUACAGUUUGUACAAAAUAUCAGUAUGACAAUACGACACCCUCUGUCCUUAGACCCUCACAUCGUACAAGGAAAAACUUCCGAAGAAAACCCACAGUUUAAAGGGAAAAAUGGGAGAGCAACAGAGGAGGGAUCCCUCUCCCAGGAUGGACAGACGUGCAAUAGAUGCCGUGUGUAAAACCCCUGUCACCUCGGAGGCCCCGAUCGCUGCGGAGACUCUGGCCAAUAUGGAGUCUCAUUUGGCACACUUGCCUGAUGCGCAGCGUGCAGAUGUAUGGGAGCUGAUCGUGAGGUGGAGCGCCCUGUGUCGUACCGCUCCGGGAAAUUCAAUCCCCACCAGCGGGUGUGUUCCACCAUUGGUUCCACAGUCGAAAAGGAGGCACUGGCUAUGGUUCUGGCUUUGAACCAUUUUGAGGUAUAUGUGGGGUCAUCAAACAUUCCUGUCACUAUUUUCACCGAUCACAACCCCCUUGUGUUUCUGCAGAGAAUGCGUAACACAAAUCAAAGGUUGAUGCGGUGGAGUAUUUUCAUGCAAGCCUUCAAUGUUGAGGUCAAACACAUUCGUGGCAAGGAUAAUGUGUUGGCUGAUGCAUUGUCGCGCUUAUAAUAUAGCAGUUAUUGUGUGUUGUUAACCUGUCUGGUGUGUGGAAUGAGUGGUGGUGAGCACGUCUGUCAACUAAGGUUGAUUGUUGUGAUUGUUUUGUUUUAUGUUGCGGACUGCCUCACGAGCCACUACUAUUGAGUAGGGAGGCGGGUCGUAACAUAUGGCUAGUAAUUGACUAUUUCAACAGAAUGUGAAGAGGUCACAGUCUUGAGGCCAUGUCCAAUAUGUUUAUGUUUUGUGUGAUUAAAUCUACUGA